AUGGCCGCCCCUUCCGAUAUCACAGUCAAGAACCUGAACGGGCAGUGGACCAUGGACACUACCCUGUCCGACCCCACUGACCCCAUUCUCGCCUUGCAAGGAAUGAGCUGGUUCCUCCGUAAAGCCCUGCCCUACGCCACCGUUACUCUGCACGUGAACGAGUACGCAGACUCUGAGGACUCCACAGUGUACCACAUUGAUGUGGACCAGGUCAUCACCGGUGGAAUCAACGGCAGCAAAGAGGCGCGCAAGCUUGAUUGGCAAGAGCGCGAUCACGUCGACAACAUCUUUGGCACCCUGCACGGCAAGUCACGGUUCUUCCGCGGCGCCAAGGGCGACGAUGGCAAGGUGCGCCCCGCGUUGGACAUCCAAUCGAAUGUCGGCGUGGCGGAUUCCGAUGCCAGGAUCAAGAAGUUCCUGCGCGGCGAGGUUUCUAUCGAUGGGUCUGCGUCGGAGGGCUUCCUGAUCGAUGAUGAGGGUGCCGAGUUUGGUGAGGGUGAAGGUCUGUUCGUGCAGAGCUUUGUUGUAAACGAUAAUAACGGCUGGACCGCUGAGCAGGUUUGGGGCUUCGAGAUUAUCGAGGGAGAGCGUCGCCACACCCGUCGCGUUGCUGUCAUCAAGGGUACACAAGUCGAGCUGGCUCGUCUGGUCUACGUUUUCCAGGCUCGGAAGGCUGAGUAA